ACCUGGCGAGGAUUUCUCUGAAAAAGGAACCCUUGUAUGUUGGUGUUGAUGAUGAUAAAGCCAAUGCAACAGUGGAUGGUCUUGAGCAGGGAUACGUUGUUUGUGCCUCUGAAAAAAGAUUCCUUCUGCUCUUUACAUUCCUUAAGAAAAACCGAAAGAAGAAACUAAUGGUGUUCUUUUCAUCCUGCAAGUCUGUUAAAUUCCACUAUGAAUUGCUGAACUACAUUGAUUUACCUGUCAUGGCCAUUCAUGUAAGUGAUAACAAUGAGUUUUUGUUAACAGCCAGAGGCCUAAAUGGAAGAGGGCAUGCCUUGCUCAUUUUGCGCCCAGAAGAAUUGGGUUUCCUUCGUUACUUGAAGCAAUCCAAGGUAAAGAUCUUGGUUCCACUAAGUGAAUUUGAGUUUUCCUGGUCCAAAAUUUCUGAUAUUCAGUCUCAG